GCCAUGGCGUUUGCACGGUUUCUUCUUCAUAUUUUCUUGGCUUCAUUAUUGAUUGGUGAACUCUUGGCUUCGGAGCACUUCAUUGUGGGUGGUCAAAAUGCCGCCGAAGGAGAUGCCCCCUACCAGGUUUCCCUGCAAACCCUUUCGGGUAGCCACUUGUGCGGAGGUGCCAUCAUCUCGGAUCGCUGGAUUCUGACUGCAGGGCAAUGUGUCAAAGGUUAUCCAACCAGCAGACUUCAAGUGGCGACAGGAACAAUUCGUUAUGCACAACCAGGAGCUCUCUACUAUCCGGAAUCUAUUUACCUGCACUGCAACUACGAUACUCCCAAGUACCACAAUGAUAUUGGAUUGUUGUACUUGAACGAGAGCAUUAGUUUUGAUGCCUUAACUCAGACGGUGAACCUACCAACUACCACGUUUCCCCAAGGAACCUCUGAACUGCUCUUUACGGGAUGGGGAUAUCAAUCGUCGGGAGGAAGUUUGCCAUCCCAGUUGCAGAAAGUUCAGCAACAGCAUCUCAGUAGUCCGGCUUGUGAAUCCUUGCUCACCGCCUACGAGGACUUGGAACUGGGUCCUGGCCACAUUUGUGCCUAUCGGCAGGCCAAUAUUGGAGCCUGUCACGGAGAUUCCGGAGGUCCUUUGGUCUACCAGGGCACUCUGAUCGGUAUUCUCAACUUUUUCGUACCCUGUGCUCAAGGCGUGCCGGAUAUAUUUAUGAACAUAAUGUACUACCGCGACUGGAUGCGGCAAACGAUGAGUGGCAAUGGCAAAUGUCAGCAAGUCAAUCAGCAGAUAAUUAUUGGUUAAACAAAUAAUUUUAACCAUAAAUGUUUGUGACAAUAUGUGAAAUGCCUAAGCAAUAAUUCUGAAAAACCAAUAAAUAAUCUCUAAGUGUUUGCAUU